AUGUCGGACGAAUUUAGCAAUUUUACUACUAUUAGCUGUCAAAAAUUUAAAUGUUCAGCUCGCGGUCUUCUAUUGCCGUUUGGUAUUGAAGCAUGCAUGUCAAUACGAGUACGAGCAGUAUUAUAUUUUAUUUUUUUACUUUAUCUUUUUCUUGGUAUUGCUAUUAUUGCCGAUAUAUUUAUGUCUUCAAUUGAAACUAUAACAUCAAGAAGACGAAAAAUACGUUAUCCAGAUCCAGGAGAAAAGGAUAAAUAUUUAACUGUUGAAGUUCGAAUAUGGAAUGAUACAGUUGCAAAUUUGACAUUAAUGGCCCUUGGUUCAAGUUCACCUGAAAUUCUUUUAUCAAUUAUAGAAAUAAUUGGUAAUCGUUUUGAAGCUGGAGAACUUGGUCCUGGAACUACACCACCGGACCAUGAUGAAACUGGCAGCCCACGUAGUUUUCGUAAAGAUGAACUUCUUCAAUUUUUACGUGAUCUUGGUCAAACAACAAAUUUAUCAUUAGAAGAUAAAGCACAAUUAUUUGCAGCCAAAUUAAGUGAAAGUAUGCACCGAUCACGUAUGCAAUAUCGAAUUCAAGGUGCUCGAAUGCUCACCGGUGGCAAAUCUUUAUUUCUUAAUUUGCCUGACAAACUUCAAGAGAUUUACGAACGAGCUGUCAAACCACAGCCGUUUGAUGGGUGUUUUUCGGCUGACCAUCCAUUUGGUGGUCGAAAGGCAACAUUAUCAAAGAUAGAAAUAAAUGAUGAUCCACGUAUGGCUGUACUUGAGUUUGCUUCAUCCAGUUAUGCUGUACUUGAACGUGAACAGCGUGUAACUAUCGAAGUUGUCAGAUACGGUUUAACGAAUUCCGUUAUUCAUUUUCGACUUGAUACAAUUGAUGGUACGGCAACAGCUGGUGAAGAUUACGUUAAAUUAUCUGAAGAAUUUAAAAUGGAGCGUGGUCAACAAGAAAAACGAAUUACAAUACAUGUUAUUGAUGAUAAUCAAUGGGAACCAGAUGAAACAUUUUUUGUUAAAUUAUCAUUACCUGAAGGUGAAGAAUCUCGUGCAAAAUUAGGUUCAAAAACAAUUGCACUCGUAACAAUUAUCAAUGAUGAUGAACCGGGUUUUAUUGGAUUUGAAGAAUCAAUUACAUUAGUUAAAGAAAGUGUUGGUAAAGUAGAAAUCAAACUCCUUCGUGUCAAUGGUGCCGAUGGACGUGUCAGUGUACAUUAUCGAACAAAAGAUAUUGAUGCUGUCGCAACAAGAGAUUAUGAACCUGCACAAAGUGAAAUUAUAUUUGAACAUGGUGAAAUAUCAAAAAUAAUUGCUAUACCAAUUAUGAAUGAUCUUGAAGCAGAAAAAGAUGAAAGUUUUGCUGUUGAAUUGUAUGAUCCAACGGGUGGUGCACAAUUAGGCAAGCAUACAAAAACUGUUGUUACAAUUAUAAAUGAUGAUGAUUAUAAAACAAUGGCAAAUCGAAUGGCAUCACUUGUUCAAGUUGAUAUGGAUAAAUUAAGUGUAACAAAAACAUCAUGGGGUCAACAAUUUCGUGAUGCUUUGAAUGUCAAUGGAGGUGAUUUAGAAACAGCUAAAAUGGGUCAUUAUAUUGGUCAUGCACUUGCAUUUUUUUGGAAGGUGCUUUUCGCUUUUGUACCGCCUACAGCAAUAGCUGGUGGUUGGUUAACAUUUUUUGUGUCACUUCUAUUCAUUGCUCUUCUAACAGCUGUUGUUGGUGAUGUAGCUGCUAUAUUUGGUUGUCUAGUUGAAUUAAAAGAUAGUAUAACAGCUAUAUCAUUUGUUGCACUUGGAACAUCAUUACCUGAUACAUUUGCAUCAAUGAUUGCUGCAAAAAAUUCUAAAACUGCUGAUGAUGCUAUUGGUAAUGUAACUGGAUCAAAUAGUGUUAAUGUAUUUCUUGGUCUUGGACUUCCAUGGCUUAUUGCUGCUACCUAUUGGGAGUCAAAGAAUCUUCCGUUUACGGUCAAAGCUGGCGAUCUAUCAUUUAGUGUAUUAGUCUUUUCUGUUUGUUGUGUACUUUCUAUGUCUGUACUUAUUCUUCGUCGAUAUUUAGGUGUAUUUGGCAAGGCAGAACUAGGUGGACCAGCAAUACCAAAAUAUUUAUGUUCAAUCUUUUUUAUUCUUCUUUGGAUUGGAUAUCUAACAUUAUCUGGACUUCAAGCUUAUGGACAUAUUAAAUGGCAGAGUUAA